ACACUAUCGGCACGGUCUGAAAAGAAACAAGGCAGGAUAGGUGAAGAAUCUUGUCUUAGGCACACGGUCUAAUGGUGGUCCUUUCCUUUGUUAUAGCCUGAUUUGUUACAGCAUGGAGUUUUUCCUUUAAUCGACUGGCUUUGGGUGAUUCAUUUUUAUUUGUUGCUAGUCUGCAAGAUUUUUCUGUGGUUUGCUGCUAGCUAGCUGGCUAGCGACGUCGUUUACCACAUUGUGAGUCCUUGGUCGAGUCUUGCCUGACUUUGGUUUUCUAAAUUGGUUACAUGAACGUCACAAUUGGUAUAUCUUGUAACAAAACAAGUGCACUAGUUUCUUGUUUUAUUUUGAAACUUUACACAUUAGCAACACAUUCUUCAGACCAGCUUGGUUAGCCACUGUCCGCAAGAAAAUGUCAGUCUUCACUCAAGGAAGCGCGCUUCAUGAUUCCGAGAGGGAGCAUCAGAAUCAAGAGAACAUGCUGUCCAGGCUACGGGCUUCCAAAGGCAGAUCGGAAAAUCAAGAAAAUGCCAUUCCUAAACCAGCCAACAGAACUGUUUUGGGAGCCUUGGAGAACAAUCCACGCAAACUGCAGACUCAGCGCGGCUUGAAACAGGGAUUAAACCAAGGACUGUCCUGCAAAUCGGAAGACUAUGGCAAGAGUUGUGUGGAAAAGCUGCCCUCAAAACAACCGGCUUUCCAGAUCCACAUGGAUGAGCCUGAUGGUGCCUGCGCCAAGAAACAAGUAUCUUCCAAACGCAGCCCCGUGGAUGCUUCUGCCUUAACACUAAACCCAACUGUAACACGUCUGAGGCAGCCCCUUUCCACUAUUGAGCUGCCUAUGGAUGUCAGCUUUGAGUCUCCUAUGGACAUGUCUGUUGUUGAAGAAGAGAAGCCACCCUGUGUAAAUGAAGUCUCUGAGUAUGCUGCAGAAAUACACACACAUCUGAGGGAAAUGGAGGUGAAGUGCAAACCAAAAGCUGGGUACAUGAAGAAGCAGCCGGACAUCACAAACAGCAUGCGGGCCAUCCUGGUGGACUGGCUCGUUGAGGUUGGCGAGGAGUACAAGCUUCAGAACGAGACACUGUAUCUGGCCGUGAACUACAUUGACCGUUUCCUGUCCUCAAUGUCUGUGUUGAGAGGAAAGCUGCAGCUGGUUGGCACGGCUGCUAUGCUGCUGGCUUCGAAAUUUGAGGAGAUCUACCCCCCAGAGGUGGCAGAAUUUGUUUACAUCACCGACGACACCUACACGAAAAAACAAGUGUUGAGGAUGGAGCAUCUGAUUCUGAAGGUGUUGUCUUUUGAUCUGUCUGCCCCCACAAUCAACCAGUUUCUCACCCAGUGUUUUCUGCACCAGCCAGUCAACAAACGGGUAGAGAGUUUGUCAAUGUUUCUUGGUGAGUUGAGCCUGGUGGACUCGGACCCUUUCCUGAAGUAUCUCCCCUCUCAAACGGCCGCUUCUGCAUACAUUUUGGCCAAUCACACAGUCACAGGUGGAUCUUGGUCCAAGACACUGGUUGAGGCCACUGGAUACUCUUUAGAAGACUUGAUGCCAUGCGUGCUGGAUCUGCAUCAGAUCUACCUCAAUGCAGCCACACAUGCACAGCAGUCUGUGAAGGAAAAGUACAAGACCUCAAAGUACCAUGAAGUCUCCCUCAUUGAACCCCCAGAGAAGCUGCAGUUGGAAUAAUUUCAAUCCAGGACUUAUAAUUAUUUUGAGUACACAUUUAUUUUUGUACUAAAUGUUGCAUAUUCCCAGGAUUUCACAAUAACUGAAACCAUAGCCUUGAUUACUUGGGUAUGUGGUGAGAUUAGUGCUUUUAAUGUACAUUUUUUUUAUAUAGCAGUCCUUUAGGACUGCUUUUAAUGCCUGAUUUAACCAACCAGAAACUCGUAUGUAGUUAAUCAAGCUGUGGUUUUAAAUGUUUUUGUAUGUCCCCACUUUUUUCAAGGCAUUCUCUGGACUAUUUAAACUGCCUCAGAUUUUUUCAUGUUUUUGAAAUGCCACCUGUAAUUAAAUGCCCAGAUUUUUACAUCUAAA